AUGAAGAAGUUUUUAGAAGCCAUUGCCCUUAUCUCCAGAGACCAUGCCAGAACACCUAUGCAAUGGUCGCGCGAAGAGCCAAAUGCUGGCUUCUCUGGGCCCACCGGCAAGCCAUGGUUCUACUUGAACGAAUCUUUCAGAGAGGGAAUCAACGUCGAAGACGAGCAAAAGGAUCCAAACUCUGUGUUAGCUUUCUGGAAGGAAGCUUUGAGAUUUAGAAAGGCACACAAGGAUAUCACUGUUUAUGGCUAUGAUUUUGAGUUUAUCGACCUUGACAAUAAAAAGCUGUUCAGUUUUACCAAGAAGUACGAGAACAAGACCUUGUUUGCAGCCUUGAACUUUAGCUCUGACAACGUGGACUUUACGAUUCCAGAUGACAGUACCUCGUUCAAGUUGGAGUUUGGAAACUUUCCAAAGAAGGAGGUAGAUGCCUCUUCCAGGACUUUGAAGCCAUGGGAGGGAAGAAUCUAUAUUAAUGAAUAA